UCUCAUACCAGACGACGGAGCGGAAACGACACAUUUUCAACACAAACAGCGGCGCUAUUACUGUAUAACUGCGAGACGAAGCCUGUCGUGUUGUUUAAUUUCGGUCCGGGCGGAAACUUUUAAAACCAGUGAAAUUGUAAGUCGCCGGAAGGAACCUGCUGGUCCCCAGGUCUACCUGAUGAGUAUGAGCCUGACUACAGAACCCCCUAACGAUGGUCCCACUGUUACAGAAGAGAAUAAAAUGACCUCGGCCGAGAAGAAGGACAAGAAGGCGGACGAUGUGGCUGAGGAAGAGGAGGAGGAGGAAGAGUACGUGGUGGAAAAGGUCCUGAAUCGGCGGGUGGUGAAGGGGAGAGUAGAGUACCUUCUCAAGUGGAAAGGCUUCUCUGAUGAAGAUAACACGUGGGAGCCAGAAGAUAACUUGGACUGUCCAGAUUUGAUUGCAGAAUUUCUGCAGUCCCAAAAAUCAGCGCACGAUGGAAAGAGAAAGGCGCCCGGAGAUGCAGAAGGAGACGAAAGUAAAUCAAAGAAGAAAAAAGAUGAUACAGAGAAGCUAAGGGGCUUUGCUCGAGGUCUGGAUCCAGAAAGGAUUAUUGGUGCCACAGAUUCCACAGGAGAACUCAUGUUCCUCAUGAAAUGGAAAAAUUCUGACGAAGCUGACCUGGUGCCGGCGAAGGAGGCCAACGUGAAGUGUCCGCAGGUGGUCAUCUCGUUCUACGAAGAGAGACUCACUUGGCACUCGUAUCCCACCGAAGACGAGAAAAAGGACGACAAAAACUAACACAGGGCGGAGGGGCAGGGGUAAAACAAAAA